UUAAGCAUGGUCGGCGAGUUGCUUUUGCGUCUGUAUGACAGCUAUUCGUUAAUUCUAGGCGUUACCUCGUACUUUCGAGUGUCACAGAGUUAUCGCGAGACGUGGCUAACGCGCGGCUAUGUCCUGGUCGUGAAUGUCUUGACGCUCAGUCUGCUGCCUUUGGCAUUCUGGCUGUCAGCACAGUACGUCAGGACAAUUGGUUGGUUUCCAAACUUGUUGACCUACACCACAUAUAUACUCUUCACGGUGUCCUAUGUCACUAUCGUCUAUACUCUAAUCACACGUUCAUGUCGGGAUACGGCGCUGCUGAAGGUGCACGGAAUCGUGCAGAGAUUGAAGCGAGCACCAGAUUUUGUUGUUGAGCAUUCGGUCGACGGCACUCUUGACAAUUUGUAUAAUUUAAAGUUGGGCUCUGUUCUGAUCAUCUGCCUGUUCGGCAUGUCAACCUGCCUAGUGAUACCGAACGAGAAGAGGUUCAGCGUCAUGCUCUGCGCGUUCUUCUACUUAAAUGCCAUGAAUAUUCCUCUGAUCGCCGUCCAUCGUUAUUUUCUGGCUCUAUGGGACAUCGCCUUUUGCUAUCAGAGUCUCAAUAAGGAGUUGUCACAGCUUCUGGAUUCUCUGAUCAAAGAGUCUCCAUCGCGUCUCCAGCUGGAGCAGCUGCAGCAUUUGUGGAUGUUACACAGCCUGUUGGGUCGCUGUACACUGAGACUCAAUAAGAUCUAUGAGCUGCUUAUGCUGGCGGCGCGCUUUGAGAAUUUGGCUUUCUUUGCGAUUAAUGGAUAUUGGGGAAUACUCUUCUCAUCUAACGUUAACUCGCCUUUCUAUGUGAUUCUCUACGGAGCGAUGAACUAUUAUGUGCAUGUAAUGGACUAUUAUCUAUUGAAUUUCAUGUUUGAUCAGACUAUAAGGUACCAGAGUGCGAUACAGCACAGUCUUAGCGAGGUACCUUGGUCAAGGGAGCUGAAUGCCUUUGUCCUGUAUGCGUGCACUUCCAAGCUGAGCCUUUGGGUUUGCGGUCUCUAUAAGGCGAAUCGUCGCAGCUGGUUCCAGAUGCAGAUCUCCAUCAUAACUUUUUCCAUUUUGUUGCUGCAGUUUCAUUUGGUGCAUAAUAAGAAAUAUACUUUGUAAGACUUUUUUUGUAUGUAUAUAAUUUAAAUAAUUUAUUGUUAAAUUUCGAUUGGUCCAUGAAAUAUCAGA